AUGUCCUGUGGCCUGACAUUGAAGGUCUCAGGAUUUCAUAGCGAAGAGACUGAAUUAUUUCCAUUGGUCUCUGAUGCAAAGACUGUACCAAAUCUGCAGGACACUGAUGAAACAGAAGUAAACACGAUGCCCCAAGAAAUAAUCACCGAUGUGGAACAAACCAAAGGAAUUAAAAAGACAGCAAAGCAAAAAAGAAAGGCAAGGCAAGGCAAGAAAAGGUCUUUUGAGAAUCACAGGAAGUUCUGUCAUGUACAGACAAAGGUGGACUUCCCACCUCACAUGCUGAGAGCUCACCAGGCAGCCUAUAACUUUCUGAACCCAAACAUUUCCAAAUAUGAAACUCUUUUGGGUCUACUAGAUCAGGCUGCCCAAACACAGCUGUCCCUCCAGCCCAUGAUGUCUGCUUUAGUAUUGCGCUUUGAGGAGAUCAACCAAGCACUAGAGGAUAUGGCUGAUGAGGGGGAGCUGAUGUUGAAGGAGCAUGGUGAAUACAUGACCUUACCUUCUGGGAUGAUUUGCUCAGCUAACCCUAGAAUGAUGCCCAGGAAAAGUGGCUUACUUCAGUUAUCUGACGCAGUAAAUGACAAGGAAAGUUCAGUCAACAGUGGCAACAACAACAACAGCUGGCCUGAUAGCAAGGACGAGCUGGAUAUGGACAACCUACCACCACCACCCCCAGAAGUUCUGAUGGACAAUUCCUUUCAGAGUACUCAGGUCCUAGCAGGAACUGAAGUGGGUUUGCAGAAACCUUUUAGUUCUCAAGUGAUAAACCCCAAGAUUGGAAUCUUCCAUCGCCUGAAGGCAUCUAUCCACAAUGUAGAAGUGUUACCAAAUCGAGUAUGUAUGAGGCCAAGGUCGAUCGCUAUCUCUCCUGCCCAUCCUGUUACACAGGAUGGUGUUACGGGCACUCAGGAUGCAGAUCAGCUGCAAUCAGAAACAGAUCUGAACCUGGAAAUUAAGAAGGCUAAUAAUCUCUACCAAAAGGCAUGUAAGAUUAUUCACCUGCGUGAUGCAGCAGAAUCUUCUGAUAAGAGAAAUAUUGUUGAACCAGGCAUCAGAGCAACUUCUCCUCUUCAACUCACCAUAGAUCGGAAAUAUAACAGCAAUGAAUUUUAUGAGGGUGAAUUAUCCUCUUGCAGUCUGACUGUGAAAGCACCACCUGUAUCUAGAGUCCGCCUUCCACCAUCUUGUCCUAGUACAUGCAAAAGAUUUCCAAGUCCCCCUGUAAUUAGACCUCAGUCUACAUCUAGGCACUCAUCUCGUCCUAGUUCUCCCAGAACAGUGACACGCUGUACAGAUAACAAGACAGAAGAAAUCAUUCCAUCCGUAUCCUUUCGCGACGCACGCUCUGUUUUCUGUCAAAAUGAGUUUCAAAACUUGAAGACCUGUUUGCCCCCUGAAAGGUCUGUGCUUCCCAGACAAGGGGGAGAGGUCCCCCGAGGAAGACUACUUACCAGAGCAACAGACACCUCUACUCGUCGCACCCAAUCAGACCAUAGGCCUAGUGGGACUCUUCAUUCAGAGUUUCUAAAGGAUGCCAGUUUGGCCUCUAUGCAGGAGAAAGGGAGUAACCUAUUGCCACAAAAUACAGGCUAGGAAGCCUUCCGAUGACAGGAGAUGAUGACACCCUAAAGUCCAGCUGUGAAUGGCCAGAGUUUCUAAAGUAAAAUAUGAGUUGGGAAGAGAAUAAUGAAAGAAGUUGUAUAUUAGUAGGGACUGGGGUUUUUUUCUCUCUUUUCCAGUUAGACUUUUUUUUAAAGACUCUGCAGUAAUACAUGUAAUUAAGGAUUAAAGCAUUUUUCUACUCUAUACUGAACCCUGAGUGAUAAACCUCAAGUAGUUUUAAAGAUACAUGUAUUAUAUGUGUUUUGUUAAAACAA